UGAUCCCUGAGAGCACUGGUAGCAGUUAGUGAAGAGGCAUGGUCACAAGGGGCCGCCCACGUUAGCUCUCACCGGCUCAGUGCAGUCACACACACAGCAGGAGGAGGAGACUGGGGGGAAAGCACUGGUUCUCUGCUUGGUUCAUGUCUCAGAUCAGGACGAGGAGGAUGGAGAAGUUAGGCAGCUUUCUUCUCAGGUGUGUGGUUUGGUUUGGACUGGCCUCUGCAUUGGAUUUCCAGCACCAUGGCUAUGAGGACAUGGUGAGAGCUAUGCUGAACGUGCAGAAUGAGUGUCCCUUCAUCACCAGGGUAUACAGCAUUGGGCGCAGUGUGGAAGGCAGACACCUCUAUGUGCUGGAGUUCAGUGACAACCCAGGGAUACAUGAGCUCUUGGAGCCAGAGUUCAAGUAUGUGGGGAACAUGCAUGGAAAUGAGGUCCUAGGCAGGGAGCUGUUGAUUCAGUUCUCCCAGUUCCUGUGUGAGGAGUACCGGGCUGGAAAUCCACGGAUAACGCGGCUGAUCCACGACACUCGUGUACACAUCCUGCCCUCCAUGAACCCUGAUGGAUACGAGGUGGCUGGUAAGCAGGGCCCCGAUGCUAAUGGCUACCUCACAGGCAGGACCAAUUCCAGAGAUGUGGAUUUAAACAGGAAUUUUCCAGAUCUGAACGCAAUGAUGUAUUACUUUGAGAAAAACGAUGGACCGAAUCAUCACCUCCCCUUACCAGAUAACUGGGAACAGCAGGUAGAAUCUGAAACACUUGCAGUGAUCAGAUGGAUGAAAAAUUACAAUUUUGUUCUCUCGGCUAAUCUGCACGGUGGAGCAGUUGUGGCAAAUUACCCUUUUGAUAAGUCUCGGGAGCCGAGGGUCAGAGGGCACCGUAAAACAAGUUACUCUGCUACAGCAGACGACAAGAUCUUUAAAAAGUUGGCAAGGACCUACUCAUAUGCCCAUGGCUGGAUGCACCAAGGCUGGAAUUGCGGAGACUAUUUUGACGAGGGGAUCACAAAUGGAGCCAGCUGGUACUCUCUCUCCAAAGGCAUGCAGGAUUUUAACUAUCUCCACACCAACUGUUUCGAGAUCACCCUGGAGCUGAGCUGUAACAAGUUCCCAGCAGCGCAGGAGCUGCAGCGAGAGUGGCUGGGGAAUCGGGAGGCACUUGUGUCUUACCUGGAACAGGUUCACCUUGGCAUUAAAGGAAUGGUUUACGAUGAAAAUAACAAUGGCAUUAAAAAUGCAGAGAUUUCCAUAUCCGGGAUCAAUCACGACAUCACCACAGGUGUCGAAGGGGAUUAUUUCCGGUUGUUGUUACCUGGAACUUACACAGUAACGGCAUCUGCAGAGGGAUACCAGCCCAGCAUCAGCACAGUGACAGUGGGGCCUGCAGAAGCCAUACAGUUACAUUUUUAUUUGAAAGCUGCUUCCCGGGAAACCUCCAGUGAAACACAGAGUGCUGGGAACAACAAGAAAGUCCCUUCACAUAAAAUGGCGCCCAGAUGAGAGACUCACUGAUACAUUCUGCAGAGCAAACAUCCUCAACCUUCAUUGCAGAAAGAGAUCAAAUACAGACGGCCUUCUGCUUUAGAAAUAUAUAUAUAUAUAUAUAUAUAUAUAUAUAUAUAUAUAUAUAUAUAUAUAUAUAUAUAUACUUCCACUUUCUUUGUUUAACCACAGAAUAGUGUAUUGGAGUAUUCUUUUUUUAUCGACUGGCCUUAUUUUGUUACACCUAUCCUAUUUCAAACGUAUCAUAGAAAGUGUAAAAAGCAAGAAUUCAAGCAGGAGCUUAUGUGCAAUUAAUUCAGUGCAUCUAUGAAGGACUGCUCGGGUUUCUUCAUGUGUUUGAUGUACUGUAGUAGCAGAGAUUCAAGGACAUAGCAGUUUUGUUUUAACAUCACAUCUGUUCUGUCCAGUUGUGAACCAAAUAGGGGAGCCACAUUGUUUUUUAGAAAUUGUCCUCCCCUAUAAAGGUCUCAAUGUGAAAAAAAAGCUAAAUGAGAAAUGUAACUACAUCAGUAUGCUUAUGUAUAUGAAAAAGCUUUUUUUUUACUCGCUGCCUAUUAAGAUUAAACAUAUCUAUACAUA